AUGGCCGUUGGCAUCGGGAGGACCGCCGCGUUGCUUACGGUCGCCGUCUUCCUCGUCGCGGCCACGCAGGUGGCAACGGUGGCCUGCCGUGCGGUGGUGGCUGCAGCGCCAGGCGCCGGGGAGGCGGAGGUGGAGAUGCAGUGCGUUCGCAGUGGGUACAAUACAAUAUAA